CAGACAUCGAAUGAGCCGUGAUAUCGCGUAGUGGUAGUGUCUUUGGAAAAAAUUAUCUUAUCGCAUCUUCGCCAUGAGGAUAACAGUGUCCAUCUUCUUGCUCCUGGGACUCGUUCUCUGCGUCCAGGGUGAACUUAUCGGUACCAAGGAGGAGGAUGAAAGUUUCCUGACCUGCGUGUUGGAGGAUAAUUCCGUGGGAUGUCUGAGUACGAGGCUAGGGAGGAACCUCGAUCAAAUCGAGAUGCAAGUGACCGGGAAGAAGAGCGAAACGCCGAUGAGUGCGGUUAUCGAGCAGGCCGGCAAUUUCGUGGCCGAAGUCAUCGACGACGUGCAAAAUCCCGGAAGAUCGGAGGAAGUCGCGGAAACCGCAGAUGCCGGUGACCAAGAGGAAGCACGUGGCAAGAAAUAUGGAAAGAAAAAAAAGAAGCAGUUGCAGAGACUCCUCGGUUUGAUCAUGCUGUUCAAGGCUAAACUCGGUCUCCUACUUCAAUUGAUCUCAACGCACUUCCAGCUCAAGUUCUUCUUCAUCGCUAUCAUCACCUUGAUCCUCAACGUUGUCAAGUUUUGGAUGGACCUGAAAAAAUCUCAUCCGUCUAAGGUCAUCUAUUACGAACACGCUCAACAUCAACACCAUUACGAUCACGAUGAUCACGAUCCUAGUUACUGGGGACGAUCCUCCAACGAUCCUUCCGCUCAAAAUCUCGCUUAUUCCUCCUAUGCUCCACAAAAUCCAUAGAGGCUCGAGCUGGAAAAAUCAAACCCCAUCUUCUCAGUGACGAAAAUGAAAAAGGAAAAAAAAAAGAGAACUAGAUGACAGAAAAAUCUGUCGCUACGAUUAUUUUCUCCGUGCUCAGGUUUCUAAAUAAUUACUAAAGAAACC